AUGGGUUCCCUCCCAGCGGUUGAACGACCAUUACAAUAUCCAAUCGCUCGCCGAGACGACACUGUAAUUGACGAUUACCAUGGUAUAAAAAUAGCAGAUCCUUAUCGCUGGCUAGAAGAUCCUGACGCAGAGGAAGUAAAAGAGUUCGUACAGGAACAAGUUAAAUUGACCGAAUCAGUAUUAAAGACAUGCGAUGCCAGAGAAAAACUUCGUGAGAAAAUCACAAAGUUAUUUGAUCACCCGCGAUAUUAUACGCCGUUCAAGCGAGGGAACAAGUAUUUUUACUUCCAUAACACUGGGCUUCAAGCACAAAACGUCCUCUAUGUGCAGAAUAGUUUAGAGGGAGAGCCAGAUGUUUUGUUUGAUCCUAACGGACUGAGUGAGGAUGGGACAGUGUCAUUGAAUACCCUUUCGGUUAGUGAGGAUGCUAAGUACUUGGCUUAUGGGCUUAGUACGAGUGGGAGUGAUUGGGUUACAAUCAAAGCUAUGCGCGUUGAGGAUAAGAUAGUUGAGACUGAUACUUUAAAUUGGGCUAAGUUUACCAGUAUUAGUUGGACCCAUGACAGCAAGGGGUUUUUCUAUAGCCGAUACCCAGCUCCCAAGAAGGGGGAAGACUUAGAUGCUGGGACAGAGACUAAUGCAAAUCUUUAUCAUGAGCUAUGCUACCACUUUGUGGGCACGGAUCAAUCUGAAGAUAUACUAUGCUGGAGAGAUCCCGAAAACCCCAAAUACAUGUUUGGAGCUGGUGUGACAGACGAUGGAAAGUAUCUUGUCCUAUAUAUUACGGAGAAUUGUGAUCCAGUGAACAAAGUAUACUAUUGUGAUACGUCUGCAUUUUCUGAUGGGCUUGAAGGUUUUAAGAGAGGAAACGGCCUGCUCCCAUUUAUUAAGCUCAUCGAUAACUUUGAUGCUCAGUAUCAAGAGAUAGCAAGUGAUGACACUGUGUUUACUUUCUUAACUAACAAAGAUGCCCCUAAAUAUAAAGUAGUCCGGGUUGAUUUGAAAGAGCCAAGUAGUUGGAUUGAUGUUGUUCCAGAAUCAGAAAAAGAUGUCCUCGAAUCUGCAUUUGCCGUUAAUGGUGAUAAAAUGAUCGUUUGUUACUUGAGUGAUGUGAAGUAUGUCUUACAAAUAAGGGAUUUGAAAACAGGAUCUCUGCUGCAUCAAUUACCAAUUGACAUUGGUUCGGUUACUGGGAUAUCUGCAAGGCGAAAGGAUAAUACAGUAUUUAUUGGGUUUACUAGCUUUCUCACCCCUGGAAUAAUAUAUCAAUGCAAUCUAAACUCCGAGGUUCCCGAUAUGAAGGUAUUUCGUGAAAUUAGUGUGCCAGGAUUCAAUCGCACUGAGUUCGAAGUGAAUCAGGUUUUUGUGCCUAGCAAGGAUGAUACCAAGAUACCGAUGUUUAUUGUGGCCAAGAAGAAUAUAGAGUUGAAUGGGUCACAUCCAUGUUUGUUAUAUGCCUAUGGUGGAUUUAACAUUAGUAUCACACCAUCAUUUAGCGUCAGUCGUAUUGUACUGACAAGGCAUUUAGGUGCUGUUUUCUGCAUAGCAAACAUUCGUGGUGGUGGAGAAUACGGUGAGGAAUGGCAUAAAGCAGGCUCACUUGCCAGAAAGCAGAAUUGCUUUGAUGACUUCAUUUCUGCUUCUGAAUACCUAGUAUCUGCUGGUUAUACCGAACCCAAGAAGUUGUGCAUUGAAGGUGGAAGCAACGGUGGGCUUCUUGUCGGGGCUUGCAUAAAUCAGCGACCCGAUCUUUUCGGUUGUGCUCUGGCUCAUGUUGGUGUUAUGGACAUGCUGAGAUUUCAUAAGUUUACAAUAGGUCAUGCAUGGACUUCUGACUUCGGCUGUUCAGACAAGGAGGAAGAGUUCGGUUGGCUUAUCAAGUAUUCGCCAUUGCAUAAUGUCCGCAGACCAUGGGAACAACAUCCUAGACAACCUUCUCAGUACCCAUCUACCAUGCUGUUGACUGCCGAUCAUGACGACCGAGUUGUGCCAUUACACUCCCUGAAGUUAUUGGCUACCAUGCAAUAUCUUCUGAGCACGAGCUUGAAGAAUAGUCCCCAGACCAAUCCAGUAAUAGGUCGCAUUGAUUGUAAAUCUGGACACGGAGCUGGCCGCCCAACUCAAAAAUUGAUCGAUGAAGCAGCUGAUAGGUAUAGCUUCAUGGCAAAGAUGUUGGGUGCUUCUUGGAAUGAGUAG